UCACCUAUCCUGCUCUCUGCUUCCUUCUCUCCACAUCCCUCUCUGUGCUUACAGCCUCCAUGGCCCCCAAAAAGCCAGAGCCCAAGAAGGAUGAUGCCAAGGCAGCCUCCAAGGCGGCUCCAGCUCCCCCACCGGCACCUGCACCUGCACCUGCCCCCGAGCCCCCCAAGGAGGCUGAAUUUGAUGCUUCCAAGGUCAAGAUCGAGUUUACACCAGAGCAGAUUGAAGAGUUCAAGGAAGCCUUCACGCUGUUUGACCGCACGCCCAAGUGUGAGAUGAAGAUCACGUAUGGGCAGUGUGGGGAUGUCCUGCGGGCGCUGGGCCAGAACCCCACGCAGGCCGAGGUGCUCCGCGUCCUGGGGAAGCCAAAGCAGGAAGAGCUUAACACUAAGAUGAUGGACUUUGAUACGUUCCUGCCCAUGCUUCAGCACAUUUCCAAGAACAAGGACACAGGCACCUAUGAGGACUUUGUGGAGGGGCUGCGGGUCUUCGACAAGGAGGGCAAUGGCACCGUCAUGGGCGCUGAGCUCCGCCACGUGCUGGCCACGCUGGGUGAGAGGCUGACAGAAGACGAGGUGGAGAAACUGAUGGCUGGGCAAGAGGACUCCAAUGGCUGCAUCAACUACGAAGCAUUCGUGAAGCACAUCAUGGCCAGCUGAACCUCUCACCCCAGGGAGGCCAUGCUGGGGACAGCUCAUUCCCCAUUCAUGAUGCUGACACCAGUGGCCUGGAGUUGUGGGAAGGAGGGGAGCGCAUCAAGACUCCUGCACAAGCUCCCUCUGCUCAACCCUGCAGACCUGUCUGCCUGGCUGUCAUCUCAUGUCCCUAUUAGGCUACACUUACCUGUGACUGCAUCUCUGUCCCUACCCCAUUAGCCCCAUGAAUAAACGGCUUCUUUCCUUC